AUGGAGAAUUAUCAGAAGAUGGAGAAGAUCGGCGAGGGCACUUACGGCGUCGUGUACAAGGCCAAGGACCUGACGGCAAAGGACGGGCGCAUUGUCGCCCUCAAGAAGAUCCGACUCGAGGCCGAAGAUGAGGGCGUCCCGUCGACCGCCAUCCGCGAGAUCUCGCUGCUCAAGGAGAUGAACGACCCCAACAUCGUGCGCCUGCUCAACAUUGUCCACGCCGACGGCCACAAGCUGUACCUGGUGUUCGAGUUUCUCGACUGCGACUUGAAGAAGUACAUGGAGGCGCUGCCAGUCAGCCAGGGCGGUCGUGGCAAGGCGCUGCCGGAGGGCACUGGUCUUUAUGGAAAACCGCUGAACAUGGACGAGACCAUGGUCAAGAAGUUCAUGAUGCAGCUGUGCCAGGGCGUGCGGUACUGCCACGCCCACCGCGUCCUGCACCGCGAUCUCAAGCCCCAGAACCUCCUCAUUGACAAGGACUUCAACCUCAAGCUCGCUGAUUUUGGCCUUGCUCGCGCGUUCGGUGUCCCUCUCCGCACAUACACCCAUGAGGUUGUCACACUGUGGUACCGCUCACCGGAGAUUCUCUUGGGUGGCCGACAGUACUCUACCGGCGUCGACAUGUGGUCUGUUGGCUGCAUCUUUGCCGAGAUGUGCACCCGCAAGCCCCUGUUCCCCGGCGACUCUGAGAUUGACGAGAUCUUCAAGAUCUUCCGCAUCCUCGGUACGCCCAACGAGCAGGACUGGCCCGGUGUCACCUCCUUCCCCGACUUCAAGCCCUCGUUCCCCAAGUGGAAUCGCACCGACAUCGCCGCCAUUGUCACCAGCCUCGACGAUGUAGGCCUUGACCUGCUCGACAACUUGCUGGUCUACGACCCGGCUGGCCGCAUCUCGGCAAAGCAGACGGUCCUCCACCAAUACUUUACCGGCACUGGCGCCAACGGCUACAGCAAUGGCUACCACUAG